AUGAAAUAGAACAAGAAAUAGAAGAAUGUGAGGAAGUUAAUGAGGAUAUUAAUGUGAUCAAUGUUCGUGAUAAUUCCACACUACAAAAUGAUACCGGGAAGGAAUGGACCAUCAAAGAUAUUAUUUCUCAAAGCCAAUAG